AUAUUACUAAUUAAAUUAAUGCUGAAAUUAUAAUAAAUUUAUAAUAAUAAACUUGUUUUUUGAAGCAUAUUAUUGAAAUCUCUCGAAUAGUAACUGUUACUUGAAUAAGCAAUUAAAUUAAACUUUAAGUAUUAUUUUGUCAAAAGUAAACUUAAAUAUAUAUGUUCAAAUUAUUUAAAGUUUCGAAUAAGUAAAUAAUCCCAUCUGUAUGUAAUUAAAAAGUUAACGCCAAUAAGCAUCUAUGAAAUUUUCUUUUCCCUCAAAAAACUUUAAAAAGUUUAUGAAAGUAUUUAUACUGUAAAAGAAUAACACAUCAGAAAACAUUUUGAAUAAAAUUUCAAUGACACAAUAUUACGUGCUUAUCAAGAUGUUUGAAUUAUUGCAAUCUGUAUCAGUACAUAUAAAUGUAUACACAUAUAUAUAUAUAUAUAUAAUUCAUAAUACUUUAAUUAAUCUAUCAUAAUCUAUCUAAUCUAUCUAGUUUUUAUAAGAAAAUUUGUUGAUAAUUACUAAAUUGAUAAUAAAACCUUAUUUAUACGAAAGUAGAGCGAUACAAUUAAAAACAUAUAAAUUCGCGUUGACGUGAUUUCAAGCCAGACUUCGGUUAGUGAUCAUACAAUGGCUUUGAGAAUCGUUUGUCUCCUUAGUCUUAUGGCAUUCUGUCAUGCUGGGGUUCUUCCGUUCUUUGAUCCUAGGAUUGUGAAUGGAGAAGAGAUUCAACCAGGUGAAAUUCCAUAUCAGGUUUCUCUUCAAUACAUAGUUUCUUCAUUCCACUUUUGUAGCGGAUCAAUUCUGAAUAAAGAUUACGUUAUUACCGCAGCUCAUUGCGUUUACGGGGGAUACGCCAAUGAAAUAAAAGUUGUUGCUGGUAUUAUCGAAUUAACUUCUAGCUGAUCGGAACACAGUGUCGAAAGAUUUAUUACGCACGAAGGCUAUAAUUCAGAUGAUUCUUGGAUUAACGAUAUUGCUUUAGUGAAGGUGAAAGAACCCUUUAUUGAAUCUAACAUUAUCGGAUACGUUUCUCUACCACCAAAAGAACACGUCGUCAAACCCUUUGAUAUUGCUGUUUUGUCAGGAUGGGGUAGAGUUAGUGGUGACUCUGGUGGUCCUUUGACUGUCAAUAAACAACUCGUCGGAUUGGUAUCCUGGGCGUAUGGUUGCGCUAGUACCGUCUAUCCCACUGUCUACACACGGAUUGUCUCUUAUUUGGAUUGGAUUAAAGAUAAUGCGAUAACCAAUCCCUAAAUCAAUCCCACUCGCUUCUCACUAUACGGAGAAAAUUUUAUAGUAAAAAUUAUUAUAGUAAAUAAUAAUCUGAGCUAAACUAGCUAAAGUAAGCGGAUCAAGAAAUUAUAAAAAUUUUUACUAUAUUUUUCAUCAAAUUACCAUAACAUUCACAUUACUUAUGGUAUAAUUCUCUGAAAUUUCUUCCAUAGCUACUAUCAUACAUAAUAAUUUUUAUUAUAAAAUUUUCUCCGUGUAUUCUUACUCAUAAAUGUCCGCAGUGGGAGCAAGAAAGAGCACUUGUCCCCCUUCCACCCCUGAAAAAUCAUGACGCAUCAGAUUUAUUAAAUAUCUAUUUGAUAUUCUCAAUAAAUAUUACGGAUAUUUAUAAAUAUUUAAUGUCAAAUCAGAUUACUCAAUAUGUCUAAGCAAAAUUAAACAAAUCUUGCUUGUAAUACUAGCAACUCGUCAUAUAUAUUUAUUUUCAACAAUUUCAAGUAAAAUACGAUAUGAGCCGAGUAAGAGCCAAGUAUUAAAAUCCACUUAAACUUAAUAUUUAAAAAGGCGUUUCUUUAUGCCUAAAGUAGGCCUAGCUCCGCGGCGCCUAUAGAAAACAUGCUCCAUUUUCUCAGUGAACUCUAGGAUUCCGUUCCCUUUGACACUUGUAAGCAUCAUUUGUCCUUAUUUAAUCACGAACAACAAGGAUGAAAUUAUGCUCACAGCGCUGUGAGUGACAAAUGGAACGCAGCCUAGAACUCGUCGAAAUCUUUCAGAAUUUGCAAGAAAAAUUUGUUUUUCGAAAAGUGGGAGGCUUCGUGAAGUUAGUCUCCUCAUUUUUCAAAUUGUGAUUAACGGUUCCGUCGCUUUAAAUGACUGAAUUCUUUUUAAAUCUGACUGUAAACUCUUGAACUCUUGCGAGGACAAACGAAAUUCUAAUAAUUUUUUUCGAAUUUUAAAAAAGUG